AAGCAGUCCUUGAAACAACGAGACGUGACCCAGACCUCACUGAGAAGCUCCCCGGCAUAGUUGCAGCAGCAAAUGCGGCGAUACAAGAAGCGCUUGGUCGGCUGUCACGGCCUCACAAUCGUCCAAACUCGCAGUGGUUGCGGCGUUACCAAUUGAAAAUUGAGGAAUUUAAAUCAUGGCUAAAACUAGCAAGGCAACAAGCUAGAAGAAGAGAAAUGCGUCGUACUGCCAAGAAGAUUUCAUCAGCAACUUCUAGCAAAAACACUAGUUCAACGGCUGCUUCCUCUGGUCGAAACGCCAGCACGUAUUCGACUGGUUUAUCUUCAAGUAAAAAAUCAAGCACAUCAUGCACAGCUUCAACGCAAAAGGGGGCAGGAGGCAGCGUGAAAUUACGGCAUGGCUUGCUUAUUUACAAGUUUGUUAGCAAGGUUCAGUAAAUAACUAGUGCUAGGACUAGCAUUGCGACUCGCUUGAUUUCUUACCAACUACAACGAAGCACGAAGUCAUCGAUUUGAUGCAACGUCUUUCAUUUUCGGUGAGCACGAAUAUGGCACGAGUGAAACUACAAACUGACACAUUCUAACUUUCUGCGACGACGCACACAAGAAUUGGGAAAAUGAAAUAGAUACUUGCUUUAUGGAGGAUGAUGCUGCCUUAGACCUGCUGAAGAGAAGGCACAACAUCACCGCAAAGACGAAUGGCACGGCCAAGAGUUCUUCUGCAUCUAUGAAGAAUGUGCCCGCUACUUCUCAUAAAGUGUCCCAAAACAAAAAAGCACCCUCUACUUCUAGUACUACGAAGAGUAGCGCUUCUACCAGCAUAGGCACAACAAGCAUGAAAACAAAAGCAGCAGCCACCUCGAUUGCCCCGGCAGCUUCUAAAAUCACGACCACGACCAAGUCAUCCGCAAGUGCUUCACUCGGUAAGAGUGCAAAGAGACCCGCUGCGGGCCACCAGCUCGAGGACGACACGAAACAACGGAAGAAAAGCAGCACCAUGAAGAAAGGGGAAGCCAUACCUUCCAAGAUGAAAAAUACAUCGAGGAAGGUGAAGCUUAAGUUGAACGAGGACGAGGACCUACUUGAGGAUGACCUUCUCGGAGAUGACUAAUCUUCCAUGUUUUGUUUCGUCAACAUUGCCAUCAAUGUACUAAGUUUUUUUUUUCAUCGACAGAUGAUGACUAUGAUGAGUCUGUAUCGUGAUUAUAUUAGAGUUGUAAUAAUCUUGGAUUGCCUCAAUCUUAAAUUUGAAGCUGAGCUUCAGCGUCGUCUACUCUACGUUUGCAGUAAGUUAAUUCAUGGCGACUAGAAAUUAGCACGAAGGUGUGUAUGAUUUUUUGUGGUAAGUGUUUUCUUGAAUAAUGACUUUCGAUAUUUGCGCUUCAUGGUCUAUGAAUAUGGUAAAGUCAUGAUGUUGGAAUCUCCAGGGCCCAGGCAUAUAAUCAGCGACCUCUAUGAGACCCAUACUCGUUCUGGUAUUAAAUAUUCUACCACUUGCUUCCUCCUGUUGUGAAAAAUUCGCAAUUAUUAGUUCUUCUUGUCUUCAUCAAAUGAUAAUUAGCUAGUGGACAUGAUCUUGUUAUCUAUUGUACUAGUAGUAGUCCGUGUUCCUAAAUGUUCUUGUCUUGUUCCAUUAUUAUGAUCUACUUAGUUUCUCACAUCAAUAUUGUUUCUGGGCAGUAAUCGGGCGAUCGCGACACGUUCCUCAUUGUAUCACCAACGUUUUUAAGGUACUACUCGAGGAAGUGCAGUUUUCUUUGUUUCUGGAUAUCAAAAAGACUCCUGAUGUUCCUGUUCUUUCCUUACUGGCUGUAAAUAAUACUUCGUGCUUGCAAUGGGAACGCAGAUCAAAUCAAUUAUUAGCUUCUUAUCGCCGUAGUACAUUCGAAAUGGAUUUGACUCGCCACUUGCUCAAGAUCUGCGAUAAGAAUUUAUACGAUGAGUGCUGCACUAAAGUUAAUCCUUGUACUAUUUUCGUCUUGUUUCAUCAUCAUUCUAAGGUCGUGGCCUUCGCGUCGAUUGAAGAACAAAUAGGUAGUAGCAAUAUGAAACCACUUUGAUGAAGCCACUACGUUUAUGAAGGCCAGCUGUUGCUUUUUGG